AUGGAGGGCCAUGGCGUUACGGAUGAUAUCACGCCUUCACCUGCCCCGGCGCCGGACAUGGGUGAGGGUGCUGCGGGGAGUGGGGCUGUGUUGGCUGUGUUGCUGGGGGCAAUGGCGCUCCCGGUGUUGCGGCCCGCAAGCCGUUUCAUUACCGGCGAGCCCUCGCUCCUCGUGAGCGUCAUGGCUCUCAAUGUGCAGUCCUUCGUGGCAGCACAGUUCAUGCUUCUGCGAGCGCUGGAUUAA